AAGAAGUAAGUUGUUCAACAGAAGAAGAAACAGUACAUGCAGUCAACUUUCCUGGCCGUGUAUGUUGGGGUGGGAAAGGAAGCCUUCUGAGCAUUUUUGCAACGAAGCGGUAGUGAAGUUUCCAGUUAGACUGCAAGGGAGUUUACCCAGCAUGGAAAAGCAGCCCGGAAACGCCCUGCUAUGUAGAGACCUGAUGCAAAUCGCAGUCUUUAACUCUGGAGAAUGUGUUGGCCUCGCCUGUCUCAUUUGAAUCUGAGUCAGAACCUUCCUCAGAACAGCAUACACUGUCAAACCCCAAGGUCUUCCCAAAUACGCAGCGGUCUCAGCACCUGCAGAGGCAGAGCUUAGAGUGCAGGAUUCUGGAGAAAGAAUACGGAGACAAGGAAGGCUUUCUCUCCGGAAGCAUAUUCCUCAGUUGUCCUCCGCUGGUUACACGCAAUCCCACGUGACCAUACGCCAUCUUUCUUCCUGGCAGUGGCGUCCCACCCCCACUGCGCAGACGCGGAAGCUUCGGUAACCGGCGCUCUAAGUUGAUUGCGGACCUCUCCACCGCUGACACCCCUUCCCAGGUGUCAUGGCCGCCCUGCUUGUACGGAGCGUGGUGGCUUCGGUGGUGGACCCGUUCCUGCACCUGAGUCGCCUCGCGGUGAAGCCCCGAGCCUUCUCGUUUCUGCUGGGGACGUUGCCAAGCGCCAAACCCUGCGCAGAGGUGCGCUCACUUCUCUGUGGCUGUCCUUUGCCGUCCCUGCAGCCCUCGUUGGGCUUCAAAACCAAGGGUGUCAUCAAGAAGCGCUGUAGAGACUGCUACAUGGUGAAGAGGCGUGGGCGCUGGUUUGUCCUCUGUAAGACCAACCCCAAGCAUAAACAGCGACAGAUGUAGCCCUUGCCUUCAAGCAGUGUAUAUGGGAAAUUAAUUUCACCUUUUCAGAGAAAAAUAAACUUAAGCAUUCUAUAAAAUCCAUGGGCCUUAGGGCUUUAUUGAACCCGCUUUCCCCACAUCGUAGCCCAAUUCCUUCACAUCUAAUCAGACCAGAGCUGCAGUUGGGGAAGGAUUGUUACAGUUCCUGUAGCUGUGUAAGAAGCAGGAAUACAGAGCCAGCUUUAUCUCUUGAGACAUGAUCUGGCUCGGUAAUCCUGAUUGACCUGAAACUUGGAGAGAACCUCCUGCCUCUGCCUCACUGCCGUUACCAUAUGCAUCAGAUUGUAAGUUCUUUAAGAGGCUGCCUGAGCCAGAAGGCUCCUGCGAGGUGCACACUAAUCCCAAUUUAAGAACAAAGGAUGUUCUUGUGUAGCAACUAUCCCAGUCUUUGCUCAAGGAAAACCUUGUUUACAUAGAAAUGUCUUUUGGAUACCAAUUAAAAAUGUCGUGAAUGUUCUUACA